GAUAGAGCAUGCAGUGCAAUGCCAGCAGCGGGGAAGGUAAGUAGGUGUCUCUCACUCUCGCACCGAAUCCACAUUCUAAAGUAAUACGCCGGAGAAUGACGUCACACUCCCACUACCCACCCGAUUUAGACGCCGACUCCGUCACCUCCUCCCCACGCUCCGAUCACUUCCACGACGCGCCGCCCCGCAUCCGCUUCAUGUGCAGCUUCGGCGGCAAGAUCCUCCCCCGCCCCCACGACAACCAGCUCCGCUACGUCGGCGGCGACACCCGCAUCGUCGCCGUCAACCGCUCCAUUACUUUCUCCGCCCUCAUUCUCAAACUCUCCAAACUCUCAGGCAUGAGCAACAUAACAGCCAAGUACCAGCUCCCGAACGAGGAUCUGGACGCGUUGAUCUCGGUCACCACGGACGAGGACGUGGAGAACAUGAUGGACGAGUACGACCGCGUCGCACACAAUCAGAACCCGCGAUCGGCGCGGCUCCGGCUCUUCCUCUUCCCAGAAGGAGAAGACUCCCGCGCCAGCAGCAUCAGCUCGCUCCUAAACGGCUCAGCCAAGCGCGAAAACUGGUUCCUCGACGCUUUAAACGGCGGCGUUUCGGGCCUCGAACGAGGCCGCUCCGAAGCCUCUUCUAUGGUCUCUGAAGUACCCGAUUACCUCUUCGGGUUAGACAACUCCGAAGAAAUAACAAAUCACCAACGCGACCCGAGACCCAAACCCGGACCCAUUAUUCAAGAUAACGUUUCCGUUUCAGAUCCGGGUUCGCCCGCCCCGGUUGUCUCGUCCCCUUAUUGUUCCACGUCAUCAGCGCCGCCCGUGCCCUCUCUCCCGAACCUUCCCUAUGUUAAAACCAAACCUUUAAACUUAAAUCCGGUUCCUGAUACUGACUCCAAGGAAAAUCAAACCGAACCUGAAACGGAACCUCACCCGAACCUGAACCUGAACCAAAACCCGAACAUGUAUUCAAAUAACCCUGUUGUUCACUACCCUCCAGAAGCUGCUUAUUCGGCGCAUUCAGUAAACCCGGUUCCGGUUUACUAUGUUUCCGGUCCGGUUCGACCGGGAUCCGUGCCGGUUCCUAUGCAAACCCCUUAUCACUACGUUCAACAACCGUAUCAUGCUGUGGUGCCACCUCAGGUUCCUAUCGGGUACCAUCCUUUGGUUCCGGGUUCGGGUCAAGUAUAUGGAGCGGGCGUGAGGCACAUGACCCCACUGCAACCUUACAGCCCCUCCACCACGGCGGUGGUUCAUGACGGUUUGAAACAGCACGUGUAUCAUGCCGUGCCAAAUUCGGGUCCGGUUCCGGUUCACCCAGUUAUUCCGAUGACGGGUUUGGAUGAACCGCAGAGAGGUGGAGCGUAAUUUGUGACGGGUCGGGGCCCCAAUUCACUUAAUAACUGAUCCCAUUUUUAUUUAGUGGAUGGGUGCUGAAUUUUUACUACCAUACCAUCAUGCAAAUGGUAAUUUAUGUCUAUAUAUAUACAAGUGCCUUCACUAUCUUUUGUUCCCCUUAUAUGUUGAAUGCAUUACUAGCCAAAAAUGGUAAUUACAUAAAAUUGUUUGAGCAAAUCAUUUCAGGUUGUAUAUUAAAAAGGAAAAAUGUUGAUAAAUUA